AUUUUGGUCCCUCAACUUUCCACUUUAGCACCAAAAUUGUCCCUCACCUUUAAAAAGUACCAAAAUUAUCCUCAGACUUUCAUUUUUGGUACCAAAAUGGUCCUUCCGUCAGUUAAAUGACAGAUGGCACGUUAACUUGCCAGCAAAUCACUAGAUUUUUUUUAAUUUUAAUGACGUGUGAGGGACAAUUUUGGUGCCAAAGUGGAAAGUUGAGGGACCAAAAUGCUCACUCCGAGGAAGCUAGAUCUGCAAGGAAUUGGGCUUUCCUUAGAUGAAGUGCCAAAGAUUGAGCUGCAAAGUUGUGAAGUUGAUACUGAGAAUGUGAUUUGUGAAGAGAUUCUUGGUGAUAAGUUGGGCUCUUCUAGUCUUGUGGCUAAUACGGGGCCUGCAACUGGUCAUGGGGUGGGGGGAGCAAUAGAGGUGGUGAAUCAAGCUAAUUUAAAAAUUGCUCCUGGUAAUUCUGAAGGUCCCAUGGGUGGGUUUAAGAUAGAGGGAGUGGUGAUGGUAGCAAAUCAGAAUUUUUCUACAAAGGUGAGUCCCCACGAUGACAAGGGAAAGGGUAAAGUGUCUGAUAUGACUACACCCACUUCUGAAGACAAGAAUAAAUGUGACUCUGAGUCUAAGGCUUCUUCAUCUAGCACUAAAAGUUGGCCAAAUAUGGCUAGUGAGGAUGCUCAGAAAUCUAUUUCUAAGGAGGCGAAUGCUCCAAUCAUUGACAAGGGGAUGCAACAUGUUGAAGGUAAAAGGAAUUGGACAGAGGUAGUUCAAGGUAAUCAUAGUGGGAUGAAAGGUUUGAAGUUAGAUUACUACCCAGUGGUUGAUGGGGUGGUUGAAUUUAAUAAAGAUGAAUGGAAUGAGGGAAUCAAGCAUUGGCAGUUCGCUCUCAUGGGCUAUACUAUUGGCAUUAAGCCUUCUUUCAAGGAGAUGGUAAAAUUUGCAAAUAUUAAUUGGCAAGAUAUUCAAAUUCCUAAAAUUUAUAUGCUGAAGAAUGAUUUGACUAGGGUUCCUAUGUGGGUACAUAUGCCAAAAGUCAAGUUUCGAUUGUGGUUAGCAAAAGAAAUUGGGAAGUUUGCUAGUGCAUUGGGAAGACCUAUUAUGAUAGAUGCUUUUAGUGUUGAUAUGAAAAUGAUGGGGUAUGUUAAAGUGUUGGUGGAAAUGAAAGUCAAUGGUGCUUUUCCCCAUGAAAUCAUAGUUGAACCUGAAAAAAUGAUUCUUGAAAAGGAAGCUAAUACUGGUGUCCAAGAGUAUCAUAAUGUUGCUGUAGUGGAACCUCCUAAAGAAGUCCCUACAAAGGAAGUUAACAAUCAGAAUUUUCCUAUGGAAAAGCAGGUGAGUAUGGUUAACAACGUGGCAUCUGAAAAGGUUAGUGGUGUGAAAGAGGUAUCUGCAGAUGUUUCACUAAUGACUAUUGAUGGUGAUAACAAUGUUAUCUUUGAUGCAAUGAUGACUGGUCUUCCUGCAACUAAGGUGCUUGAUGACCCAGGUGGCCGAAGGGAAUCAAAUGUGAGUUUGUCUAUUGCUAUAUUGUCUCGUGGAUAAAAUAGCUUUUUGGAAUGUUAGAGGGCUUAAUGACCCUGCUAAACAUAAUUCUUUAAAGAAGUUUAUAGUUAAAAAUAAACUAGUCUUAAUGGGGAUCAUUGAAACUCAAGUUAAAGUAAGGAAUAAGUCUAAAAUUCUUAG